AAAGAUUCAAUCCCCAAAACUAUAACCAAUCUCUUUCCAGUCUUCACCAUCUUUUUCUCUCUAAUUUCACUAUUCUCGUCGUCCCAUAUAAAUACAAAGCCUACACAUUUUCACUCUUCAAACAUCUCUUACAGAGCAGAAACAGAGUCGCCAGAAAAGUAAUCUCCGGCGACACAAAAACACAAUAAAAGUUUAUAAAUUUAGAUUCUGGUGACUCUCUGCUCUAAUGGGUCCAUCUCAAAUAUCUCUCUUUCUUCUUCUAAUUCUUGCUCUUAUCUAUGGCGUUUCCUCCACCACUUUCACCGUCCUUAAUCAGUGCAGCUACACCGUCUGGCCUGGCCUUCUCUCCGGCGCCGGAACCGCUCCUUUACCGACAACCGGAUUCCCCCUAAACCCGACCGAGACACGUGUCAUCCCAAUCCCGGCUGCUUGGUCCGGUCGUAUUUGGGGCCGUACGCUCUGCACACAAGACGCAACCACCGGGAAAUUCACUUGUGUUACCGGAGAUUGCGGUUCCUCCUCCGUCGAAUGCUCCGGUUCCGGCGCCGCACCUCCAGCUACGCUCGCCGAAUUCACCUUAAACGGAGCCGGUGGUCUCGAUUUCUACGACGUCAGUCUCGUCGACGGUUACAACAUUCCUAUGACAAUCGUUCCUCAGGGCGGCAAUGAUUCCGGUGGAGUCGCCGGGAACUGCACAGUCACCGGCUGCGUCGCGGAGCUCAACGGUCCAUGUCCCGCUCAGCUGAAAGUGGCGACGACGGGGACUGAAGGAGUGGCUUGCAAAAGCGCGUGUGAGGCGUUUGGGACGCCGGAGUAUUGCUGUAGCGGCGCGUUUGGAACGCCGGACACGUGUAAGCCGAGUGAGUACUCGCUGUUUUUCAAAAACGCGUGUCCGAGAGCUUAUAGCUACGCUUAUGACGACGGAACAAGUACUUUUACUUGCGCCGGAGCUGAUUACGUCAUCACUUUCUGUCCUUCUCCUAGCCCAAGUGUGAAGAGUGCAUCGAAGGGAGCAGGACUUCAGCCCGAAGCCGUAAGCUACUCCGCGGCAUCUCCAAACGCAUCGCCAAUUCUCUCUGCCGUGUUUUUGAUGGGCGUUUUGGCCGUUGCAUCUUGGGUGGUGCAAAGCGUUUGGUGAUAGCUUUAUGGCGCCGUUUUUCAAGUUUUUAGAACAUCAUUCCAGAUUUUUCAGCUAGAGAAAGAAACAAGCCAAACGACCAUCAGAGGAAGACAAACAAAAAAAGGACCACAGAGUGUUUGAUUAGUCGAAGAGAAGAUUGUUCGAGGUGAUCAUUUUUGUAACAACUUUGUGGAUUCCCAAAGUGAUAAGAUGAUCAAUUUAGUUUAAGAUUUUAUAUUAGUUAUAAUUUAGUUAUUAGUUUCUUCCAGUUUUUUUAGACAAAUGCUGUCUUUAGCUUUAUAUAGGAAGCAUCUAUAACAAGUUUUACUUGGAGGAAUUGAUUGAUUGGU